GUCAGGAAACAGGAUCAACGAGAGCACAUUUUAACUUGAAAACACUCAAACGAUCGAUCCGGUCUGAACGAACGAAAAACGAUUGGCAAGAGGAGUGCUCAGUUCAGCGUGAAACUUUGACAAUGCAACACUGUUGAAAAUGCGUCAAGUGAACGGUAUUUCCAAGUAUCGCUUAAAGAAUAGCAUCAAGCUACUCGCCGAACAAUUUGCUGGAGGAACCAUUUUUGGUGUUGUAACCAACCAACGAAAUAUAUCGAAGUAGAAGAAACCAUCCAAAUAAAAAUAAAAAUUUCUAGUGAUUUUCUCAGUUUUGAAGCCCGAAUCGAGAAGAGAAGUUAAAAACUCUCUUUUUCUUUCACACACUCUCUGACACAUUUCCCCGAUUCGUUGGUCGUCAAAACAAGGAGAGUGCAGAGGCAGAGAAAGAGACGCGCAGUGCAAUACGUGAGAGAGUGAGACAGAAUCGUGUGAAUGUGCGCGCACGAACAUCAAAUACACGACGACGAUUUUACGUUCUACUGAAACAAUGAUGCAGAUUUUCCGUGUACAUCCAAAUGGUUUGCAAUUCAUUUUCGGUUUAAUGUGUUUAAUUGAAGCAUCGCAAAUAUGUUUAUCAAGGGUGUCAGCCGCGUCAUCCGAUAUGUUAAUCAUUCGACAUGGUCGUUCGCGUGUUCGUCACUCCAGCGAAAAGAACCACAUCCGAUGGGGUUUACAGGCGUUCGAUAACCUAACGCUGUACGACUAUGACUAUGAGAGUGCCAAUGGUACGAAUGGCAGCAAUGAAACGCUCUUCGAUUUUGGUUUGAAUGGUGGAAAUCAAACGUUUUCAGGCACUGAAUCGUUCGGUUAUUUUGCGUCUGAUACGCUUUUCAAUAACGGCACAUAUGCCAAUGCGAAUGGCAACAGUGAAUCGAAACUGAUCAGUACGUUGGCACCAUCGGUGUCAGCCAGCAGCCAACGAUGGUCGUCGGCAUCAACAUCAACAUUAAGUACACCAGCGAAAAGUCCAAAGCUAGCAAAAAAGCAAAUUAUGGAAAAUAUCCGGAAAAAUGUUGAAGAAGGUAUUGAAUAUUUGCGAACUCAUGCACAUCUAACACAACCGACAGCUGUAAUGCCCAGUGAAAAGGCGUUGUUACAACUACAAAAGCAAUCUGAACAAUUGGCGCACAACACCGACCAAUCUCGUAUGCCCAUCGAACGGGAUGAAUCAUUGGCGUCUCAAGAUGAAACGAUCUCAUAUUCAGUAUCGGAUCCAUUUUCCAUAUCAAAACACUUUAAAUCAUCAUCAUCAUCAUCGUUGGGCUUAUUCAAUCAUCCUCGUACCGAACACAAUCAAUCAAACCAGAAAAAACACAAAAUCGAUAAACAGCUGCAGUGGAAAAUCCAUCAAAUCAACAGUGAUGACGAUAUGAUGGAUAACAAUCGUGUUGAUGGCACUGACCAUGGCAAAGCAAAUCACUUUGACUAUGAGAUGCAAAACGAUGAACCACCAUUGCCACCGUCGUACAACGGUGAAAAUGUCCAUCACAGCGAAAAUCAUCCGUACAAAUCAAACAAAUCGAAUCCAAGAUACGCACACGAACCAUCAUCCGCAUCUACAACGGGAAGUGUCAGCCGAAACAAAAAUAUCAUGACUAUGAAAACAAUCGAUUCAAUAGUGACGAGCAUCCAUGCGGCCGUUUCCAAAAAAUCUUUCGACCAAGCGAUCAACAACGGUGGUGGUGGUGGUGUUGGUGGUAUUGGUGCAAAAACCAAUUUAAAUGGAAAUUCAAAUGCCACCAAAGCCAAUUUACGUUCACAAAGCAAUACGAAAAUGACAUCGUCGCGUUCACAAUCAGCAAAUGAACGGCGACAAGAAUCAACAAUCGCCGCCAAACCAGCUGCACAAACAAAAAAUGGUGAUAAAAUGCCACCAGUGUCGUCGGUGGUGUCGUUGGUAUCAUCGCAUCCAUUUGACCCGGAUUCACCAUCAUCGUCCAAACAAAAUGAGUCGACACCGUCAAAUGUCAAAACCAAUACAAAUUUAAAUAACCAUCAAUUCGAUUCAAAUGGUUUCUUAUCACCGUUCGAUGAAUUAAAUGACGAACAGCAAGCGAACGACGACAAUGGCGAUGACACAAAUUCAUUUCCAUUCGAUGCAAACUACGAGCAAACCAUAACAUUUGAUGGUAAAACGAUUAAUUCGAAUGAUGUCAUUCAAUUGCCAAUUUUUCGCAUGGAAGACAUGGAUCUCGAUGAUUUGGAUGAAAUAAGUCGAAACAAUCGAUUGAAUUUGCAGAAGGGUCGCGAUGUGGUGACAAAAUUUCUACAAAUCGUUGAGUCACAGCAUCUAUUGGGCGCCAACUGUACGGCAGGCACGGCACUGAAUUUGGGCGAAGGUGUUGUCGAUCGCUACGCACAGGAUCGUUUUCGUGUCGAAGCCGAAGUGGCUGUAAAUCGAGCGAAUAUGUUGACAAGAAUAUUCAAGUUGUCAUCGCGACCCGUUCAGAUGUCGGAGCAUAUUUUACAUGCAUCGGUGUUAUCGAUGGUGGAAUUUGACGAUGACAUCUAUGCGGCGGGCCAUUGUUUUGACUGGAAUCAACAUAUGGCGAAGCGUGGACUGUUUUGCCCGUUUGCACAUCGUUUACCGCCACCCGAUCAAAGUGCCACCCUUGUGAAAGAUCUUGCAUCGGAAUAUCCAUAUUUGGGCAAUACAUCCGAAUGGUUUUUUCUCGCUCGUAAAAAUGCCGAAAAAGUCAUCGCCAAAAAUGAGCAGUACAUCAAAGCAUUUCAUUUAUAUUCGAACAGCACGGAGCGUGAAAUGGAUGAAAUACUUUCGGUGAAGUAUGAAGAUGGUCGAUGGUCGAAGCCGUAUUAUGAUUGCGGUGGUGGCAAUAUCUGGAUGCUGACAUAUACCGUACCAUUUUUUGGCUACGAAAAUGGAACGUAUUUCUUCAAAGGCACGUCAGGCAUCGAUAUUGAUUUACGGCGCGUCGACAUUGAUCAAUGUCCACAACGACAAAUGGCUGGCGGCGUUGCGCUACCAUUAAAUAUAUUCGCUGGAACCGACAAAUGCAAAGCAAGAACGACUGAGUGUGAACCAAUCUCUGGACUCGGCUUUCGACGUGGCUCGUACAAAUGUAUUUGUCGCAAAGGUUUCUACUUUCCCGACACAAAUUUACCGCAAUACAUACGGUAUUUUAACGGUAGUACAUUGGAAGAGGAAUAUGAAAAAUUAAUGCUGGGAGAGAUGUCAUUAUACAAUAAUGUGAAUACAUUCGAAUGUUUGCCGUGCGCCGAAGGAUGUGAUGCCUGCAAGGAUGCUUCACCGUGUGUUGCUGCUCUAAAUUGGCCGAUGCGAACGAGUAUUUUAGUGUUGGCAUGUGCCGUUAUUGGUUUUCUACCGCCAGCUGCUUGGUUCACAUUCCGUUAUCAGCAGGUGAAGGUGCUGCGGGCAGCCAGUCCGGCAUUGCUUCGUGUGAUCGCAUUGGGUGCAUUCUUCAUUUACUGUACGUCCAUUGUGAUGUAUCCACCACCAUCAAUCUAUACGUGUACGGCUCGAGUUUGGUUACGUGAAAUCGGCUUUUCAUUGACAUAUGGCGCACUGAUGCUGAAAACGUGGCGAAUAUCGGUGGUGUUUCGAGUUCGUUCGGCCAAAGCUGUGAAAAUAACGGAUGCAACACUGUUGAAGCGAUUGGGUAUCAUUUGCCUUUGCGUUGGUAUUGGUUUGUUAGUCCGGACGAUAGUUGCACCGCCCGUUGUUAUAGUCGGUCGUACAGCCGACGACUUGAAAGCGUUCCUCUGCAAAGCUGACUGGUGGGACCAUACAUUCACAUCGAUGGAGGUAUUGUUUUUGGCCUGGGGCGUUCGAUUGUGUAUCAUGGUACGAAAAGCACCGUCCGAAUUCAACGAAAGCCGAUUUAUCUCCAUGGCGAUCUACAACGAAUUUUUCCUAACCUGCUUUCUAAAUGUGUCUAUGUUAUUUCUUCAGUCACCGGCAAAUCCUGAUUUAUUGUACAUCAUAUUUUUCUGUCAUACACAAUUAACUGUGACACUGUUGCUGGUAUUAAUAUUCGGUAGCAAGGUAUACUUGGUGUUUCGAAGUGGCGGUAAACCACCGGAUGAUUCGACUGGAUUUGGCGUUAAAUCGUCGGGUGCAAAAUUUAUUUGCCGAUCACAAGCCCGACCAAUGGGCAAUGCAUAUCCCAGUACUGCAACUUCUUCAACCACACCGCUUGGAACGAAUAUCGAACAUCGAUUGACGGAACAGGAAGCAAGCGAUGAAAUUCGAUCGCUGUUACAGAAUUUCGUGAUUGAAUUGCAAUCGGUGAAGGAUCGAGUGCCAUCAAGAGGCUCAGCAAUGACAACCAUUUCAAUCUUAUUGGAUACAACGAAACCAUUAUCAAAUUCACAAAUAUCGUUAAUGCCGCCCACGCUAACAGCACCAACAACCAUAAAAAAGCCCGGAAUCGCUAUGAACAAUACGAGUGUGGACAAAAGUACGAAUACAAAUACAAUAGCAACAACGAACAAUGGUGGUACGGGUCAUCUUUUGGCGACGCAACACAUCCAAUUGCAGACUCAAGUACAGCCGAACCAAACGAAUGGCUCGAUUACAACAACACCAUGUCCAACGCAAAUUUCAAUCACAGACACCGGCUGUGAUAAGCAGCUGGAUUUAGAAUCGAUUUCGGUUUCAGGUGAACAUGGCCAAUUACCUGUAGGUAGUAUAGUGAAUGAGAAACAUAAUCAAAAUGCAUCAAUGGAUAGAGAUGAUGUGACCGAUUGCCAAUCGAAUUCACCGAAAACUGAUACGGGAGGUGAUGGCGACGAUGGCGGUGUUGGUGCUGGUAAUGGCAGUAUCGACGCCGGCAGUACUAGUGGCAAUAGUAACGAGAGUGGUAGCCGUGAACUGAAUUUCCUAAACCUAAAGCUAAAAUGCAUGUGCAGCGAUGAUGAUGCAAGUGUGAUAACAAAAUCAAAUGUCGAUCCAUCGAUAAGGAAACGGAUAAGUGUAGACGACGACACCGAGAUAGAGAUCAGUGAAGUGGAAGCGGUCACCGAAAUUGGUGAAUCAAUCAUCGAAAAUCAUCGAUGCACACACUGUGGCCGUGGCCAUUGUUGUUUCUUCUUACGCUGUUGCUAUUGCACAGCCAGUGGUCUUGGUGUUAUGAAUGAGAGUGACAGCAAUCAAAUCAAUGAUGUCAACAGCACAACCAAUCCGAUGGCCAUGCAUGAAAAUAACCCAUGCUCGAGUGAAUGUGAGGCCAAUCGUAAAGCAAAUAGCAAUAAUAUUCCCAAUGAAUUGCCCUUAGGUAGUAGUAGCUGUAUGGAGAUAGGUUCGAAUCAAAAUUUAGCAAGUAAGCGUUGUGAUGAAAUUUGUAAAAUAAUUCGCAAUCAACAUGGAACGGGGUUGUGUAGUAGCUCAACAACGGCAACGGCAACUACAACGGCAACAGCAACGGCAUCAGUGUUGGCGAAAAAGCAAUGCUGUGAGGAGGUCAUCAUCGAUAAUGUCGAUGAUGACAAGCACGGUUGCACGCCGGUUACUAAGUCAAUAGCAAUGGGUUGCCAUUGUCGAUGGUAUUGCAUUCGGGAUUGCGAUUCGGAUGCAAAAAUGCCAAUGACCAGCAAUGUGAUGAUGGCAAUGACGACAACGACGACAACGACGACGGAAGGUGAUGAUCGAUUCAAAAGCGAAACAAAACUAGCUGUUCAAGAGCCCGAAAUUGUGUCGCCCAUCACAAGUGAAUCGCCAUUCAUGGAUGAGGCGGUACAACGUUGUUGUCGAUGUUCAAAAGAGCUCUUUUGACAUAGUAAAAAAUCCGUCGCCAAUGACGGUACUGCAACCCACAAAAUCGACACAAAAUCAGAAGGCAUUGAGAAAAAAUCCAUUAGUGAUAUUGACGCUGUGGAUGCUAACAGCCAAACCAAAAGUGCUGAUGAUGAUGAGAAAAAAUCAUCAACAUCGUCGUCGUCGGCAGCAGCAGCAGCAACAGCAGCGGUAACCGGCGUGAGUACGUCGAAAAAGCGUAAGGGUUCAGAAAAGCUCGUUCUAGAUUUAAAUGAUCGAAGUAAAUAUACAAAAGAGGUUUCAGUAUGAUUCGAAUAAAAAACCGAAUAAUGAAAUCGAAUGCAUUCCAAGUGGAUUUGUUCAUUCUGGGUCUCGUCUCAAAUGGGAUCGCCCGAUUAUUCAUGGGCAAAGCAGCAAAUAUUCCCAGUUUAUACUCUAUUUUCGUUUCUGUAUAUGGGCGGACCACUACAAUAAGCAUUUUAUUCACUUUGCUAUUUGCGCAAAAUUGUCUGCUCCACUCGUAAACGUGCCGAGACGUUUAUUGUAAACGUAAGCACCCUAGCAAUCGUCUCUCCCCACCCGAUAAAACCCUUUGAGGUGGUUUACAAUUGACAAAAACCGACAAAACAAAGCCAUGAAAUUGAAACUCUUGAAAAACAUCGAGACGAUUGGUAUUUUUGCACCUCAAUUACGAUUUUGUCGCCUUGAUAUACUACCACUCGCAGCAACAAGAGAAGAAUAAAGUCAAAUAUUUUAUGGCACGCCGUCGGAACUGGGCUCGUCUCCUCUAAUUCACACGAUAUUUUAACAAUUCUUUUCAUAAAGAGAUUGGUCAUUCUUUUUUUUCCAUUUUGUAUUAUUCAUUUUCCAGUUUUUUCUUUUCUUCCCAACUCUUGUCUCGACCACCAUCCGCACACAAGUUCGUUUUCUUUUGAACUAGCACAAUUCGGAUCGUUUUAUUGAUUUGUUCCGUUUAUAUUCCGGUUUUGUUUGCUCUCCGUUUUGCACGUUUCCCUUCUCUCUUCCUCUCUGCCACGUUGCGCUGCGCAAAUAUCCCUUCUUACUCUGUGCAAAUUUUUUUCCGUCUCUUUUUUACCAAGUUUUGCAAUCAAUAUCACGUACGAACUUAACGGUUUUUUUCGAAAUGGCAAAAUUAUGGUAUAAAUAAAUAUUGAUUGAACAUUUUUGAAUGGAUGUCACAUUUGGAACGAGUUUUUAUGGAGAUCAUCCUUCAUAUUCCGUUCUACCUUAAUAGUUAUUUUCCACUGCUGCUACGUAAGUAUAACUAUAUAUCUCUCCUACUGCGAAACAAUAUACUCCCACGUUUGAAAUGGUAGCGAUGUUAAAUACUAGGGGAAUUUAUCAUUCAAAAAUUCAUGAAUUCCGGUGUGUUUUGAGCUAUAUUCAGAAUAUCCACUCAUAUUCACAGAUAUUCAGUCUUUCUUAUUUGACAGUUCAGGCGUUCUCAUCAGCCGCCAUCUUGAAUUCGUCGCCAUCUUGGAAAUUUUAUUCAAAACAUUCACAAAAUUCACAACAUUCACAUAUAAUCGAAAUUUUGACGAUGAUUCAAUGAGAAAAAUAUCCACAAUAUUCACAAAUAUUCACAUUUCCCAAGCCUUAAAUGAAACCGCUAGGUUAAAUACGAAGAAUCUCAGUUUUCCACUAAAUAAAUUCCGUUCAAUUAUGAUUUGAGUGAAUUUUCGGGCACAAAAAAGUGCUAGCGUACUUGAUUUGUUGGUUGGCUUGAUUGUCGGUUUCGAUAUCGGAAAUGGAGUAAGAGACAAGUACACAGAAAUAACGUAUUCAUUAUUAUGAAGAAUGCAACUGUUCCGCUCUGAUUAUCUAUGAAUUGCUGCUCAUUAGUGGUUGAGCAUCUCAUCGAGACUGUGGUUAGAAUACUGAAUUUCUUGAACUUGGCUACGAUGAACGAAUAUGGCAAA